CCCAAGGGCCGGGUUUACAUUUUAUUGAAUGUUUUCUGUGUCCAUCACAGGAGACUGUGUCCAUAGGGUGUUGUGGCAGAAGGAAAAGAUAAGAGAGAAAAAGGAGGUUAAGUCAAAUGAGGGACCCUGGUCAGUGGGUACAAGCAGGGACAGCUGACCUUCCGGGACGUGGCUCUAGAAUUCUCUCAGGAAGAAUGGGAAUGCCUGAACCACAGUCAGCGGGAACUGUAUGCGGAUGUGAUACUGGAGACCUAUGGGCACCUCCUCUUCUUGGGUCUCCUUGUAUCGAAACCAGACCUGGUCAUCUUUUUGGAGCACGAGAAGGAGCUGUGGGGUGUGAAGAGACAGGAGACAGUAGCCUCACACCCAGUAGCGCACUUUGCUUCAUUUUAAUGAAUAGCUUUCCUGUUUUACUGUCAAUGAAGACACGCCGUCAAUUCAGUGCUUCUCGUUCGUGGGUACAUAGUCACAGUGAAAAUUAUAUGGGUGCCGGGGGGACUUGGUCUGAUAAGUACCCGAGUCUUGAUUUUGGCUCAGGUCAUGUCCUCAGGGUCGUGAGAUUGAGCCCUGUGUCUGGCUUGGAGCUGAGAAUGGAACCUGCAUGAGAUUUUCUCUCCCUCUCCUUCUGUCCUUCCACGGCUCUCUGUUGUGCAUGCUGUCUCCCUCUGU